AUGGGCAUCUGUUUAGACACUGAACAAAAAAAUGAAGAGUUGGAGACGACGGGCGGGGAUCGUAGUCGAGGAGAGAGCGCGUGGGCUGGGCGCGCCACGCCGCCGGCUGGUGGCUUCCCCAUGCAGAACUCCAGCCAUGUCAAGUUCGAGCCGCCGAAUGUGCCUGUUAUAUUCGUAUUGGGUGGUCCAGGCAGCGGGAAGGUGACCCAUUGUGACAAUCUGAUGCAGGAGCGCCGCGGCGUGGUUCAUAUCAACAUGACGGACCUGCUGCAACAGUACGCCAUCGGCAACGGUACUACUCUACCCGACAUGCAAGAUUUCGGCACGCUAUCGAGUACGACAGUGACGGAAGUGCUGAUGCUGGAGAUGAAGAUGGCUCCCACGGCGAAGACAUACCUCGUGUCUGGUUACCCGCGCUCCAUGAGAGAUGUCGCUGAGUAUUCCGAUAAGAUCCAGACUAUAAACGGCGUAGUCCUAGUAAGCUGGCGACAGCGUGUACUGGAACGACAGAUCGAGUAUGGCGCGCGACUCGGCCACGUGGUCCUGAGUCUGGCGCGGAUGGAACUCAACAACUUCUACAAGAACGUCAUGCCAGUGGCAGACUACUUCGACCAGACUAACAUGCUGAUUGCGGUGAACGGCGAACGUAAUCCUGAUGAAGUAUACAAAGACUUCAGAGCUGCCGUACUCCAGAUCCUAGGAGCUACGGAAGACCAGUCCACGAUGAAUGGAGUCAGUGGCGUUGGGGUUGGCGCUGGUGGCAUACCAGGGGAGAUAGUAGGAGUGGAACCGGCUCCAGUAGUAGAUAUAGAACGGGAGAGAAGAGAAGAGAAUGUGGCUCCUGUUGUGCCUUUACCUGUGGCUAUGCCGUUGCCUAUGCCUAAAGCGUUGCCUGUAACUGUGCCUGUUAAAGAAGUGGCCAAUGAUAGGGUUGUUACGCCGAAGCCUGAAGUGAUCCGAGUCCGUGGAGAGUCGACGACUCCUGCGUUACUCUGGGUGGUGGGUGGGCCGGGCAGCAAUAAGGCCACGCUCUGUCAACGAGCUGUGACGCAGCGACAAGGAUGGACACAUUACAGCUUAGGCCAGCGUCUCCGCAGUCUAGCAGACGCAGGAGGACGUCCAGCAUCAGAUGGUGCUCUGGCUCGCUCAGCCAUCAGUGGAGGGGAACUGGCUCCUAAGGAACUGGUCACCAAGCUGGUGAGGGCAGCCAUGCAGGAUGCUGGGAGGAUGGGACAUGGACUGGUGUUAGAUGGAUAUCCCAGGGAUUUGGAUCAGAUGGAGCAAUUUCAGACCGAGUUCCGCAUAUCCCCUCGCAUGGUCCUCCUGGACUGCUCCAAGCUGCAGCUGGGCCGUGGACGACGAGAUGACUCCGUGGCCGCCUUCCGACGGAGACUGGAGGUCUUCCGCGAACUCAGCCUGCCCAUGCUGAAGACGUUAGACCAGGACCAUCGACUGGUCAUUGUGGACGGCGACACGGACUCUCCAGACGUACAGUCGGAGUUCACUCGCGUACUGCUGGAAGAGAUGGAGAAGGCUGAAGCACUGGCCGCCAUGCCACAGCCUCAAGAACAACCAAGUCGCAAAGAUCCACCAAGCAUGCAGCAGUUUGCGACGGCAGUGUCUCGCAUGGGGGGGGGACUCGCCAACGGACACGCCAACGGGUCCGUCCCCAACGGGAACGCGCACAAUGGGGGGGUCGGGAACGGGUUCAUUGCCAUGCCCGGGAAUAAGGUAAAACCCCUCCUGAACAACGUGUCCAAGAUCCCCACAGUCUCCCAGAUGACACACGACGACGUGCGCGCCCUCUAUGAACACGGGACUGGAGAGAUCACACUAAAUACCCACAUGUAG